AUGGCUUCAAAACGAAAGCAUAGCAAAGUUUGGAAUUUCUUUGAUUCAGUGGAUGAGAAGAGUGCUAAAUGCAAAUACUGCAAAACUGUGCUUAGUGUGGCUGGUGGAUCGCAAGGAAACUUAUCGCGUCACCUUAAAAAUAAGCACCCAGCAGCUUUGGAGGAAACAAAGCGCCAAACCAAUGAAAGCCGACAGGAAGCAAAUACUCCUCAGAUAAUUGGACCCCAACAGCAAGUAAUAACUUCGUUCAUUCAACGACCACCGGCUGCCGGGAAAGCUGAGAAAAUUGAUAGGCAACUAGUUCGUAUGAUUGGAAAAGGUCAUCAUGCAUUGCGAAUUGUAGAAGAGCCUGAUUUCAAGCAGCUCAUAGAUGAUGUGUCUAAUUGCCCCGGAUACAAGAUGCCCACUCGAAAAACGCUGUCCAACGUGCUUCUUCCAAAGCUUCGGGACGAAAUUGUUGGUAGCGUCAAAGAAAAAAUGGAGCUGGCAUCUGCAGUUUGUUUGACAACGGAUUGUUGGACCUCUCUUGCAAAUGAAAGUUAUAUUGCUGUUACAGCUCAUUUUAUUGAGAGUGAGGCAACUGUUAUGAGCUCACAUAUGAUUGCAUGCGAGGCAUUCGUUGAGCAGCACAGUGGUCAAAAUCUGUGCGCAUUUUUACAAAAAAUAGCAGAAAGAUGGAGUAUAGAGAACAAAAUAUCUGCUGUGGUUUCCGAUAAUGCUGCAAAAAUUGUCAAUGCCAUUAAAACAGGAAAUUGGCCACAUAUACCAUGUUUUGCACAUAGCUUGAACCUAAUUGUGCAAAAAGGACUCCGCGAAAUCAGCGUUGUACAAAACAAAGUCAAAUUCAUUGUGGAGUUUUUCAAUCGUAGCACUUUCGGCCUUAAGAAGCUGAAGACAACUCAAACCCAAUUGAACUUGCCCGAUCUCAAAUUGAUUCAAGAUGUGUCAACUCGUUGGAAUUCAACUUUUAAAAUGCUAGAAAGGCUUGUUGUGUUGAAAGAUGCUCUUAUAUUAACACUUUCUACUCUGCGUUCUGAAUUAAACUUAUCUCAGAAUGAGUGGGCGAUAGUAGAAGAGUUACUGCCUAUAUUAAAACCAUUCAUGGAGGUAACAGAAGAAAUAUCAGCAGAAAAGAAUGUAACCCUUUCAAAGGUUAUAGUUCUUGCGAUUUUGCUACAGAACUGUUUGAAUAACAAAACGCCUAAGGAUAAAUGUGUUUCUGCACUUGUUGCAGUUCUAAAAGCUGAGAUGAAUCGACGAUUUUGCAAGCUGGAAAGUAACGAACUCUACGCAGAGAGUAACAUUUUAGAUCCUCGAUUUAAAGGUCGUUGGUUCAAGUCAAAAGAAGAAUACGAAAAAGCUGUUUGUAAUCUUAAAAGGAAAGUAACUCCAAUUCGUCUCAACAGCGAAAAUUAUGAAUUCGAAUCACCUGCGUUUGAAACUAAUUCAGCCAAUCAGAGUUCGGUUUGGUGUGAUUUUGACAGUGAGUUCAAGAACACGACAAAGGCUGCAAACACUACCGGUUCUGCCGAGAAAGAGAUGGAAAAAUACCUCGAAGAGGAAUUUCUACCGAGGAUUGCUGCCCCUUUGGUUUGGUGGGAACAAAGAAAGAAAUUGUAUCCGCAUCUAUAUUCUUACAGAAUUAAGCGACUAUGCCUUAUGGCUACAUCAGUUCCUUGCGAACGCCUAUUUUCAAGUGCUGGGGAAAUCAUCCGAAAAAGACGGAUGCUACUAAAACCUAAUAAAGUGGAAAAUCUAAUGUUCCUUCAUAGCAACAUGUAGAUGGAUCACAG